GGAGCGCACUGAAGUCCAACACGCCUGCAGAGACCGCCCUAAGCCUGGAGGUGUGUCUGGCUUGCAUCCAGGACCACAGGGUGGAUUCUCGCCACCGACUUGGUUGGAUGACGGCUGGCUGGUGGUGAGCUCCCCUGCCCACUGGCUGACCUCAAGCAGUUGGCCCCGGUAGGUGGAGGCUAUUCGAGGGGGACAAGCUGGGGACGCAGCGUCAGCUCCUGCCAGCGCGCGGGUCUCCUCCACCUCCAAGCAGUGUGGUGCGUGGGACGCGCAUCUUCCCGGACUAUCCCUUUCCAGCGCGGUCUGUGCGGACCCCGAGCCCGGCAGCCACCAGGGACGGAGGGCGGGGUGCCUUUCUCUGGGCUCAUCCGCUGUCAGCCGUGGGAACUCUUAACUUUAUCCAGAGGGAUCGGUGCAGGCGGGGGUGGGAGAGGUUCUCCUCCCCUGGCGGUUACCUCCCCCUCCCGGGCCGCCCCUCCCCCGCCUCCCAUGGCUUCGCUUUCAGAGCAUCCUCACUCCGCCCAGUUCGGUGCCAGCUGCGUGGGCUCCAGCUUCGUUCGUUUUCCUUGGAAUGCUCCAAAACUCAGCAGCGACUAAGGGAAUUCCAUUGGAAUUUGCCGGGCGUGCUCUCACCCCGCACGGCACCCGCGCCGUCCGUCCUCGGAUCCCGUCACUUCAGCCCGAAGAUUGCAACUUUGCAGAGACAAAGAAAUAGCAUGGCAUGAAACAUGGCUCAGUUCUAUUACAAAAGAAAUGUUAAUGCUCCCUAUAGAGACCGCAUCCCUCUAAGGAUAGUAAGAGCAGAAUCAGAACUCUCGCCAUCAGAAAAAGCCUACUUGAAUGCUGUGGAAAAGGGAGAUUAUGCCAGUGUCAAGAAAUCCCUAGAGGAAGCUGAAAUUUAUUUUAAAAUCAAUAUUAAUUGCAUUGAUCCUCUCGGAAGAACUGCUCUCCUCAUUGCAAUUGAAAAUGAGAACUUGGAGCUCAUCGAACUACUCUUAAGCUUUAAUGUCUAUGUUGGAGAUGCUCUAUUACAUGCUAUCAGAAAAGAAGUCGUCGGAGCUGUUGAGCUGUUAUUGAACCACAAAAAACCUAGUGGAGAAAAACAGGUGCCUCCUAUACUCCUUGAUAAGCAGUUCUCUGAAUUCACUCCAGACAUUACACCAAUCAUUUUGGCAGCCCAUACAAAUAAUUAUGAGAUAAUAAAACUCUUGGUUCAGAAAGGAGUCUCAGUGCCUCGACCCCACGAGGUCCGCUGUAACUGUGUGGAAUGCGUGUCCAGUUCAGAUGUGGACAGCCUCCGUCACUCACGCUCCAGACUCAACAUCUACAAGGCCUUGGCCAGUCCCUCUCUCAUUGCACUGUCAAGCGAAGAUCCUUUUCUCACAGCCUUUCAGUUAAGUUGGGAACUUCAGGAACUGAGCAAGGUGGAAAAUGAAUUCAAGUCGGAGUAUGAAGAGCUGUCACGGCAGUGCAAACAAUUUGCUAAGGACCUACUGGAUCAGACGAGAAGUUCCAGAGAACUGGAAAUCAUUCUUAAUUACCGAGAUGACAAUAGUCUCAUAGAAGAACAAAGUGGAAAUGAUCUUGCAAGACUAAAAUUGGCCAUUAAGUACCGUCAAAAAGAGUUUGUUGCCCAGCCCAAUUGUCAACAGCUGCUGGCAUCUCGCUGGUACGAUGAGUUUCCAGGCUGGAGGAGAAGACACUGGGCAGUGAAGAUGGUGACAUGUUUCAUAAUAGGACUUCUUUUUCCUGUCUUCUCUGUGUGCUACCUGAUAGCUCCCAAAAGCCCACUUGGACUGUUCAUCAGGAAGCCAUUUAUCAAGUUUAUCUGCCACACAGCCUCCUAUUUGACUUUUUUGUUCCUGCUGCUGCUUGCCUCUCAGCACAUCGACAGGUCAGACUUGAACAGGCAAGGUCCACCACCAACCAUCGUCGAGUGGAUGAUAUUACCGUGGGUCCUGGGCUUCAUAUGGGGAGAAAUUAAACAGAUGUGGGAUGGCGGACUUCAGGACUACAUCCAUGAUUGGUGGAAUCUAAUGGACUUUGUAAUGAACUCCUUAUAUUUAGCAACAAUCUCCUUGAAAAUUGUUGCAUUUGUAAAGUACAGUGCCCUUAAUCCACGAGAAUCAUGGGACAUGUGGCAUCCCACUCUGGUGGCAGAGGCGUUAUUUGCUAUUGCAAACAUCUUCAGUUCUCUGCGUCUGAUCUCACUGUUUACUGCGAAUUCUCACCUGGGACCUCUGCAAAUAUCUCUGGGAAGAAUGCUCCUGGACAUUUUGAAGUUUCUAUUCAUAUACUGCCUUGUGUUGCUAGCAUUUGCAAAUGGCCUAAAUCAAUUGUACUUCUAUUAUGAAGAAACGAAAGGGUUAACCUGCAAAGGCAUAAGAUGUGAAAAGCAGAAUAAUGCAUUUUCAACGUUAUUUGAGACACUGCAGUCCCUGUUUUGGUCAAUAUUUGGGCUCAUCAAUUUAUAUGUGACCAAUGUCAAAGCACAGCAUGAAUUUACUGAGUUUGUUGGUGCCACCAUGUUUGGGACAUACAAUGUCAUCUCUCUGGUUGUUCUACUCAACAUGUUAAUAGCUAUGAUGAAUAAUUCUUACCAACUGAUUGCUGACCAUGCAGAUAUAGAAUGGAAAUUUGCACGAACAAAGCUUUGGAUGAGUUAUUUUGAAGAAGGAGGUACUCUGCCUACUCCCUUCAAUGUCAUCCCGAGCCCCAAGUCUCUCUGGUACCUGAUCAAAUGGAUCUGGACACACUUGUGCAAGAAAAAGAUGAGAAGAAAGCCAGAAAGUUUUGGAACAAUAGGGAGGCGAGCUGCUGAUAAUUUGAGAAGACAUCACCAAUACCAAGAAGUUAUGAGGAACCUGGUGAAGCGAUACGUUGCUGCAAUGAUUAGAGAUGCUAAAACUGAAGAAGGCCUGACCGAAGAGAACUUUAAGGAACUAAAGCAAGACAUUUCUAGUUUCCGCUUUGAAGUCCUGGGAUUACUAAGAGGAAGCAAACUUUCCACAAUACAAUCUGCGAAUGCCUCGAAGGAGUCUUCAAAUUCGGCAGACUCAGAUGAAAAGAGUGAUAGCGAAGGUAAUAGCAAGGACAAGAAAAAGAAUUUCAGCCUUUUUGAUUUAACCACCCUGAUUCAUCCGAGAUCAGCAGCAAUUGCCUCUGAAAGACAUAACAUAAGCAAUGGCUCUGCCCUGGUGGUUCAGGAGCCGCCCAGGGAGAAGCAGAGAAAAGUGAAUUUUGUGACCGAUAUCAAAAACUUUGGGUUAUUUCAUAGACGAUCAAAACAAAAUGCUGCUGAGCAAAAUGCAAACCAAAUCUUCUCUGUUUCAGAAGAAGUUGCUCGUCAACAGGCUGCAGGACCACUUGAGAGAAAUAUUCAACUGGAAUCUCGAGGAUUAGCUUCACGGGGUGACCUGAGCAUUCCCGGUCUCAGUGAACAAUGUGUGUUAGUAGACCAUAGAGAAAGGAAUACGGACACACUGGGGUUACAGGUAGGAAAGAGAGUGUGUCCAUUCAAGUCAGAGAAGGUGGUGGUGGAGGACACGGUUCCUAUAAUACCAAAGGAGAAACAUGCAAAAGAAGAGGACUCUAGUAUAGACUAUGAUCUAAACCUCCCAGACACAGUCACCCACGAAGAUUACGUGACCACCAGAUUGUGAUACUUGAAGGAGGAAGCGUUUACCAUACACAUACGUAUUUUCCGUAGUGCUCUGGGUGGGGGAAAAUGUUUAAAUUGUAUUAGCAAAUGCUAACUUACACUUUAUAGCUUUUAUCAGCUGUGGCAUAUUAACCUGUAAUAUGUUUAAAUAAGGCAAAGGCAAUCAAAAACCUUUUUGUUUUGUAGCCUGCUUUUGCUUUCACAAUUUGUCUUACAAUUGUUUUUGUUAAUAAAUAAAUGCACCUUG